GCCCCACGCAAGUGCUCUCCCAUUUUCUUCCUUCCAAAUCUUAUCUCCAUUGUUAUGGCCAUCUUCAGUUCCUCUGACUGGUCUUUUGCUUGCACCAAAACAAGCCACAUGAUCGCCUCCUCUAUUCCUCCAUGCAAAACCCUUUCCUUUUUCCACAUUUCCAGCUCAAAUCUCCGAUUUUCCCACCUAAACUCCACUGGUUGUUCAUCUCCAAUCCUUGAAGAAACUUCACCAAACUUUCCCUUGAUCGAGUUGGACCUCAAUAUUCGAUCUUCAUCACCAUCCCAGCAAUACCCAGUUCCGGAUUCUGAUCAUGACAUGAAUGAUUUUCUAUGUGGCUUGUUUCGAGAUCCUCGAACCGAAGAGUUUGGGUACGAUUACUAUGAAAAAGCCAAGGAAAAUCCAGAGUUCAGACCAAAGAAAUCGACUUUGAAGCAUCUAAUAAGGUACUUGAUAAGAUCGAAGAAAUGGGGUUUGGUUUUAUCAGUUUUUGAUGAUUUUAGGGAGUACAAUGUAAUGCCUGAUAGUUAUACUUUUUCGAAAUUGAUUAGUAGUUGUAUUAGAGCUAGAAAAUUCAGAAUUGUGGAGACUCUACUCGGAGAAUUGAAAUAUGAUUGUGAAGUUGCUGUUCUUGCUUUUGAUUCAGCUAUGAGAGGUUAUAACGAGCUGCAUAUGUUUAGAAGCACGGUUUCGGCAUUCGAAAGAAUGAAUUCUGCUGGAAUUGUUCUCAACUGUGCUUGUUAUUGUAGAAUAAUGGAAGCUUAUAUGAAAUUGGAAGAUUUUGAGCAAGGAAUCAAAUUGUUCAACCAGCUCCAAACAAAGCAAUUGGAUUUCACUCCUUUUUCAACUCAAAUAUAUGAGAUUCUAUGCCAAUCUUUGUGCAAGUCUGGAAGAAAUUUUGAAGCUCUUGAAAUCUUCAGAAACAAGAAAAUCAAAGGGGUUUUGGGAGACACAUCAAAUAUUUACUCUUCCUUGAUUUCUUCAUUCGCAAGCAGCCGAAAAGUGAAGUUGGUUGAAGAGCUUUUCCGCGAAGCGGAGAAAGAGGGAAUGCUGAAAGAUCCAACAAUGUUUCCGAAACUCAUAUCCAUGUAUGUUGAAGAAGGGUCUGUAGAGAAAACCCUUGAGAUAGUCAAGGCAAUGAAGAAUGCAAAACUCACUGUUUCCGAUUGCAUUUGCUGUGCAGUCGUCAAUGGCUUCUCCAAGAUAAAAGGGUUUCGAGCAGCGGUGAAAGUUUACGAAGAUCUGCUCUUACAAGGCUGUGAACCCGGACAAGUAACAUACGCUUCCAUUAUCAAUAUCUAUUGCAGUUUGGGGCUUUAUUCCAAAGCCGAGACUAUAUUUUCGGAGAUGGAACAAAAGGGUUUCGAAAAAUGUGUGGUGGCUUAUUGCAGUAUGGUUGUAAUGUAUGGAAAAACUGGGAGGAUAAGAGAGGCAAUGAGAAUUGUAGCGAAAAUGAAAGAAAGAGGGUGCGAACCAAAUGUUUGGAUUUACAAUGCCUUGUUGGAUAUGCAUGGAAGGGCAAAGAAUUUGAGGCAAGUUGAGAAGCUAUGGAAAGAAAUGAAGAGAAGGAAAGUUGCACCGGACAAGGUAAGCUAUACAAGUGUCAUAAGUGCUUAUAAUAAAGCAAGGGAUUUUGAAAACUGUAUGAAAUUUUACCAUGAAUAUAGAAUCAAUGGAGGUAUGAUUGAUAAGGUUAUGGCAGGAAUUAUGGUUGGAGUUUUCUCAAAGACCGGUAGAGUUGAUGACUUGGUUAAGCUUUUGCGGGAUUUGAGAUUAGAAGGAGCUCCUUUAGAUGAUAGAUUGUAUAAAUCAGCCAUGAAUGCAUUAAGAGAUGCGGGGAUUCAAAUACAGGAUAAAUGGUUGCAAGACAGUUUUGAAGCAACAUAAGAUUAAAGGGGUUUUUUCCUAUUUCAUUUUUUCUUUUUUCUUUUUUUCUCAAUUGUAAUUUAAUUGGGGUGGGACAGAGAGAUAAAAAUUAUAUCUAUUUUUAAAAGAAUUAAUAAAUUAUUGAGUUAUAUAGAAGCAGCCAAGUAUUCUAGUUAAUUUGUGUACAGAAGCUGGUGGAUCUGUUUGUAAACAUUCAAAAUGCAUAGAUCAAAAGCCAGAAUUUUUUUUU